AUGUUUAGUGGCAAGCGUGCUGCUGUCUAUAUCCAUGUGGAAAUGUCUCGCGAAGAUUCGCAGUCCAAGGUCUCUAAGCGCGAUAUCUUGUCUCGCCGCGAAUUGGAGAAGGAAGCCGCUCGUGCGAUUGGCGAGAACCUUGAGCCUCAGUGGAAGCGUGCUCUACAUAUAUAG